CUGAUAACUAUGAGUUGGUGAUUUUUAUUCACAGCUAAGUUCCUUUUUCUACUUUUCUCGUCUCUUACAGGCGUGUACCUGUUACUUCCACUUUAUCAUCAAUGGCUUCUGCUGCCAGGUUUGUUUUGUAGCCCAGAAGGAACCAACUUCAUGGAAUCUGAGUUUUGCUUUUUAAAAUAAUUUCAAAUUAAAGUUUUACUUUUUUGGCUCCUUGGAUGUUAACGCGAGAAACUGACAAAGAAGCAAACCUUUUUUUACAUUCACUAGUUUGAGUUCACAUAAUGAAGACUUGUGAAGGGUUUUUUCAUCUACUGCUGUGGUUGAUUUUCAUCACAUUAUUGCCUGUUUUGUGGGCACAAAAAAAUGAAGUCCUGUCUCAAGUGACUGGACAUGUUGACCAUAAUGUCACCCUGCCAUGCAGUUUAAUUCAAGGGACAGAUUUUUCCAAUGUUACCCAGAGUCAGUGGGAAUUCCUGUCACCAGACGGAAAUAAAACUCUUAUUAUGGUCUCUAGCAAACAACAUGGAAAAACUGUUCAUGAGUCUCAUUUGAAGGGGAGAGUGGACAUGGAGGAUCAAUCACUGAUAAUCAAGAAUGUGGAGUUAUCAGAUGCAGGGUCUUAUAUCUGCACUGUCACCUCUUUCCCCGAUGGACCAUCUCAAAAAAACAUCUAUCUUCAUGUGAGUUUUCAAGAACAUGAGCCGAUGUCAACUGGAAUCGUCGCUGCUAUAGUCUCUGGUUCCGUGCUGCUGCUGCUGAUUGCUCUGUCCGGCGCUGCGUACUGCAUCGUCAGCAGAAGACAUAAUCAUUUGGGUCGGGUUCAAGUCCGUGUUGAUUCGUUCAGAUCAACAGCUGCAACAAUCAGACCAUCUUUUCUUAGAACGCAGGAUGUGGUCUACUCUGAUGUGAAGCUUAAAGGAGUCCAGUUUGGUGCUUCAUCGUUUGAUGACAAACCCAGAGUCUCCACUCAGGUUGAUGACGUCACGUACUCUGAGGUCACUGUUUUACGGCCAACGAGUUUUCAUGUCUGACGCUGCUAAGGACAAAUCGAGUCAAAUUGAGUGGGGAAACCUAUCUUUAUAAUUUACCAUCUGACUUGCAAUAUAUCUUUCAGUGUGACAAGGUAGCUUUUAUGUCUCUCACUACACAAGUUUUUCUGCUAGUCCAGUAUAAACAUUAUUUAAAAAUGCACUUUAUGGAUGUUUAUUCCAACUGUAAAUACUGUUUUAAAUUAAAAUUCUAACUAUUGCAGCUCAUAUUUCUAUGAGCUUUACAGAUGUGGCAUUAACAUGCCAGUUUGCAUAGAAAGUGCUAUUAGCUUUUAGCACAAAGAAGAAGUUAGAAAUUUUGCAAGCAUUUUUGAAACACUUGGACUUUGUACAUUUCUCGGAAAUAAAAUGAAUUUAUUAGGAAAGUUGUUUCAUUGUCUGUAUUUUUGAGCUUGGAAGUUUUUUUGUGUAGAUCUUUGUUAUAAUUUCAAUAAGUAAACUGCUCAAGAUUCACUAAAAUCCCACUCCGAUCAUCUAUUGAGCUAUUUUAAAAGCUUUCCCAGUGUGUUUAUGGACGAGCCCUCUAGCUUACAGCCCCUCACACUCAUUGACUGCAUACAUCAGAAUGGAGCGGAGCAGGAAGAUUGUGGCCUGCCAAUUUUAGUUUGUACAUAACAACUACAAGCUUUUUCAAACAGCAUUAUUUUCUCUGCUCCUGAAGCCAUUCAUAACAAUUUCAAUAAAGAGAUACACAAAAGUGCAAUUUUGAGCUAAAUUUUCUUCAGAUAUGUCGUCCAUUAUGCUAGAAAUACCACAAAAACAUGUUAAAAGCAUAAAAGAAACCUCAUAAUUUUCAUUGGAGUGGGUCUUUAAAGUAAUCAGAAUAUUCAUAAUACAGCUCACGUUGGAUCAGCUUGUUAAAACAGAUUUCUUAUUUUCUUUAACCAGUAAAACAAUGUCUGAUGUCACCUUGAGUUUCAAUAAAGUAGAAGCAGAUACAAAAUUUCUCUCAUUCUGUAAACAUGUUUGCCUUCAACAAAUGUCAAAGUGGCGU